AUGGAGUACGCCUGUGGAGGCACUCUUCACACUCUGAUUGAGAAACACCGCGACAUGGAGAGUAUCAUGCCUCAGGAACUGAUUCUUCGUCUCUUCUCCGAACUGCUGAUGGGUAUAGAUUACUUGCAUCUCCGCCACGUGAUUCAUUGUGACCUCAAGCCAGAAAAUAUCCUCCUGGAUGUGAAUAUGAGAGUGAAAAUUGGGGACUUUGGCAUCUCUAUCGUCUCCAGUAAUCCGCCGAAGCCUAUCGAAGCGUCGGCCUUCGGGACGCCCAUCUACAUGGCUCCAGAGGUCUACACGACACACUCUUACAGCUCUCAGAGUGAUGUCUGGGCUCUGGGAGUGAUCCUCUACGAGAUGUGCACUCUGCAACCUCCAUUCUCGGCGCAAACUCUCAUGAAAUUGGCCGCAGCGAUCAAUUCAGGCGACUUCCAACCCAUCCCGUGCGCUCGAUUAGGCUAUGACAUGAAUUUCCAAGUGAUCGUGAAGAUGAUGAUUCAGCCGAAUGCGGACAAGCGAUGUACCCUCAGCGCAGUCAUCUGCCAUCCCUUCAUUACCAAGUCCUACUAUGAAACCAUCUUUUCCUCCUGA